AUAAAUGGAAAAGUAAUUUAUCCUAAAAAAAAAAAAAGUUUCGAGGAAGAUGCAUGCAAUCCCAGAACCAAGAAAAUGUAGCUGCUAUUUAUAACAGUAAUCGGCAAGUUCUUCAUGCCAUCCCAAGAUGACUAUACGUCUAUCAUCCUUCAGGAGUAACACUACUAUAGCAGUCGUAACAUUUUGGCCUAACCAACCAAUCAUCUAUCCAUAAUGGCUUUGUUGCAGGAACCAUGGCCUCUUGAGCAUGGCAACGUUAAAGGUCUAAGCAAGGAGAUGAGACACGGCCACAGUGCUCACAACAUUUCCUCCUCGUCUCUGCGCAAAAAAUCUGACCCCACUCUCGUUUCCAAGCUUAGAUAUGGAUUGCUUAGAAACUUGUUAGCCAAUCUUCAGGAACUCAUUUUAGGGACUAAACUUUCUAUUCUUUUUCCUGCAAUCCCACUCGCCAUUCUCGCUGAGUGUUAUGGCUUCGGAAGACCGUGGGUUUUCGCUAUGAGCUUACUGGGUCUUACUCCUCUUGCCGAACGAGUCAGCUUUUUGACAGAGCAAAUUGCUUACUACACUGGCCCAACAGUGGGAGGCCUCCUGAAUGCAACAUGUGGCAAUGCUACAGAGCUCAUAAUAGCUAUCCUCGCACUAAGGCAACGCAAAAUAGAGGUGGUGAAAUAUUCCCUCUUGGGUUCCGUAAUAUCGAAUCUGCUUCUUGUUCUUGGGACCUCUCUCUUCUGUGGCGGGAUUGCAAAUAUCAGUAAAGAACAAAAAUAUGAUAGAAAACAAGCUGAUGUAAAUAUACUGCUUCUGCUUAUGGCAUUGUUGUGCUACAUGCUACCAUUGUUGCUCCGAAUUUCCAGCAGCUCCACUGCUCUCACUGCCGUCCCAACACUUCAGUUGUCAAGAUCAAGUAGUCUUGUGAUGCUUCUUGCAUACAUUGCAUACAUUGUCUUCCAAUUGGUGACACACAGACGAUUGUUUGAAGCGCCGGAGGAAUCAGUGGAUGGUGAUGAUGAUGAUGAUGUGAUCUCAGAAGAAGCGCCUGUUAUAGGAUUCUGGAGUGGAAUUGCUUGGCUGGUGGGGAUGACUGCUAUUAUAGCUUUGUUAUCAGAAUAUCUUGCGAGAACAAUUGAGGAUGCUUCUGAUUCUUGGGGCCUUUCUGUCAGCUUCAUUAGCGUUAUCCUCCUACCAGUUGUUGGAAAUGCAACAGAACAUGCUGGAGCAGUCAUAUUUGCUUUUAAAAACAAGUUGGAUAUAUCUUUAGGUAUUGCUUUGGGUUCCGCAACUCAAAUAUCUAUGUUUGUGGUUCCAUUAUGCGUGAUUGUUGCUUGGAUAAUAGGUAUUAAGAUGGAUCUUAAUUUCAAUCUCCUUGAGACUGGCACUCUUGCUCUAGCAAUCACCACCACAGCCUUCACUUUACAGGAUGGUACUUCUCAUUACUUGAAAGGAUUGGCUUUGCUGCUGUGCUACAUUGUCAUCGGAGUAUGCUUUUUCUUAUUCAAAGCACCACUUAACCAAGGAAAUGUUAUCAAUUUCGGAGUCAAGCCAGCAACUGGAGCAGUACUCACAUCUCAGUACACAGGCUAGAGGGUGUGGAGUUGAGUCCCUAGAUGAGGAUAGUGGUAUUCAAAUAUCUCUGGCCAUUUUGGAUGCAUUUGUUAUUCUUUAAUUUUCGUUCUGAUGGACAGACUGCCGGAAAGCAAUUAAGCAAGCAAUCUUUGUUUUGUUUGAGAUUAUAGUUGUCAUGGUUUCAGAACUAAAAUGGAAGAUUUUACAAAGAGUCACAGUACCGUUGUUGCUUUUUGAAGACAGGCUACCUACAUUAUGUCAUAUUGUAUUGAUAUGAUCUCCUGAGUGUUUUUGUGACCGGGUUUGAUUUCCUAUGCCAAUUAUAUUGAGAGGAUUGGCAUAUGGCACAAGGGUUUUUCUUUCCUCUUGUAUUCAAAUUAUUAAUUAAUUUAAUUAAUUUUUUAUAAGUAUUUAAAAUUUAAA